AAGCAGCACAUUGGGGGAGAUGGCAAUCUUGACAAAGCCCUUAUUGGCUAUAAAAGAAGAAAUCCCUGCUCUUCCUCAUUUUUCAGAUUUUACUGAGAUGAUGAGGGCGCUGGGGUAUCCUCGACUCAUAUCCAUGGAGAAUUUCCACACCCCAAACUUCAUGCUUGUGUCUGAAGUGCUGCUGUGGCUGGUGAAAAGGUAUGAACCUCAGAGUGACAUUCCUGGGGAUGUGGAGACAGAGCAGGACCGGGUUUUCUUCAUUAAGGCCGUGGCCCAGUUCAUGGCUACCAAGGCUCACAUCAAGCUGAACACCAAGAAGCUGUACCAGGCCGAUGGCCAUGCCGUGAAGGAGCUGCUCAAGGUCACCUCGGUGCUCUACGGGGCCAUGAACACCCAGGGAGGGGAGCGUGCUCCCCUUCCGGAGGAGGACAGCACCAAGUUCAAGUUUGAUCUGGGCUCCAAAAUUGCUGACUUGAAGGCAGCUAGACAGCUUGCUUCUGAAAUCACCUCCAAAGGAGCAGUCCUGUAUGACUUACUUGGCAAAGAGGUCGAGCUGAGGGAAGCAAGGACAGAAUCUCUUGGCAGACCUUUGGAGAUAAAUGAGGCUGAGAAGGUGAUGAAAAUUGCCAUUAGCAGCAUUCUGGAAGAAGUCCAAAAGACCAAAGACAUGUUGAAUAAUGUGGCUUUGGAUGAAGCCAAUUUGGAAGCCAAGAUUGAAAAACGAAAGUUGGAGCUGGAGAGAAGCCAGAAGAGGCUGCAGACUCUGCAGAGUGUUCGCCCUGCUUUCAUGGAUGAGUAUGAGAAGAUUGAGGAGCAGCUGCAGAAGCAGUACAGCACUUACCUGGAGAAGUUCCGAAAUCUGACCUACAUGGAGCAGCUCCUGGAUGAUCAUCGGCGGACAGAGCAGGAGAUGUUUGAGGAAGCAGCCAACAUGCUACGUCUGAUCCAGAACAGGCUGAAGGAGGAGGAGCAGCACCUGCUCAAGAGUGGAGGUAAUGAUGACUCUGACAUAGAAAUCCAGGAGGAUGAAGGCUCUGACAGCGAGGGGGAUUUGCAGAUCACGAGGCACCAGAUCAGCACAGAAACUCUCCUGCCAGGAAGAGUUGGCACACGGAUCGUGGGAUCAAUGCAAGGUGGAGACACGGAGGAGGAUGACUCAGGGGAUAGUGAGAUUGACCUGGAUGAAGAUGAAGAUGAGGAGGAGGAGGAUGAUCUGGAAGAUGACAGCAUGGAAAUCGCCCCAGGCAAAUCCAGUCUCCGAGGCAGGAAGCCAGAGCCACUGGAGCAAAGUGAUAAUGACUUCUGACCCUUCAGGAGCAGGAGGCCUCUGGAAGCACAAACUUUGGAGAGGCCAGGAGCUAAUACCCUGCUGUCUGAAAAGUGUGUGUCAGUGUGAACUCAGGAGUUGGUAAAUAAUGUUCAUUAAACCUGAAAAUUAAACUUGGA